AUGGUCCGCUUCAUCCCUCUUGCACUGCUUGCAGUGCCCUGGUUCUGGCUUGCUGGCCUGGUUGCUGGAGAUGCACUCCUCGAUCUCCAGACCAAGGGGCGCACGCAGUUGGACGCCCAGCUCGCAAAGUCCAAGACGUGCACCAAGGAUAAACUCAUGGUGCGGAAGGAAUGGGGUGAUGUCUCAGCUGCCGAUAGGAAGGCAUAUAUCGCCGCCAUGCUCUGCCUGCUCGACAAGCCCUCGAAAUUGGACCAUACAAAGUAUCCUGGCGCCAAGUCACGUUACGAUGACUUUGUCGCCGUUCAUAUGAACCAGACAUUGUACAUCCAUGGCACUGGCAGCUUCUUGUCAUGGCACCGAUACUAUACAUGGGCAUUCGAAUAUGCUCUGAGGAAUGAGUGUGGAUAUACUGGAACCCAGCCGUAUUGGGACUGGGGCAGGUGGGCCCAAGACCCCGAGACCUCACCCAUCUUCGACGGCAGCGACACUAGCCUGAGCGGAAACGGCGAGAAAGUGCAGCACCAGGGCCAGUUUUUCGCCCCGGCCGGCAAUGGUGGCGGGUGCGUCAAGACCGGCCCCUUCAAGAACAUGACCGUGUACUUGGGUCCCGUUUCACCGGCAGUGAAUCCGGCACCGCCAAGGAACCCUCGUACCGAUGGGUUCGGCGCAAACCCGCGCUGCCUCCGACGCGACAUCUCUAACUAUCUGACAUCGCGCUACGGGCGGACCGAGGACAUUGUCGCCCUCAUCACGAGGAGUGCCAAUAUCGGGACCUUCCAGAACACCAUGCAGAACACGUCACCCACGGGGGGCAUGGGCGUCCAUGGGGUUGGCCACUUCACCAUUGCGGGAGACCCAGGGGGCGAUUUCUACACCUCUCCCAACGACCCGGCGUUUUGGGUCCAUCAUGGCAUGAUUGACCGCACAUGGACCAUCUGGCAGACUCAGGAUCUGGCCAACCGCAUGCAGGUCAUCCAGGGCGGCACGUCCAUGAUGGGCUUUAGUGCCAAGCAGCAGUCUCUAGACGAUGUGGUGGACCUGGGUGUGGUGGCGCCGGAGGGCAAAAAGUAUGCGAUCAAAGAUUUGGUGAGCAUUGUGGACGGGCCUUUCUGCUACGCCUAUGAGUAG